AUGCAGAGAUCUUUCAUAUGGGGAUACAAUGAAUGUGCCAAUCAUCUUCAUACAAUCCACUGGAAGAAGAUCACUUGUGCUAAGAAUCAGGGAGGAGAAGAAAGCUCUGAAGGAAGAAAAAUUGAAGCAAGAGGAGAAAUACUUUUUAUUGCUGUCUAUGCUUUCAUUUUUGAAGAGUUGAUCAAUUUGAAACUCUUUGGAGUUUCAUCCAAUAGGAAUAUAGAGAGUUCAAUAUCUUAUUUAUCUAGUCUUCUAGACAAAGAAGACAGGUCAGUAAGAAUUGCUGCUGGUGAAGCACUGGCUCUAAUUUUUGAGAUUGGAGCUAUAGAUAAAUUUAAUGCAAGUGAUGCAACUCAAGAAGAGAGUAAGCCACAGGAAAGUUACAUAUUUUUACAAGGAUUAAAAGGAAAAGUGAUAAAUCAAUGCAAAAAUCUUUCUGUGGAGGCUGGUGGUAAAGGUUCUGCUAAGAAAGAUCUUAAUAAUCAGAGGAACCUGUUCAAAGAUAUCUUGGAUUUUUUUGAGGAUGGUUACGCCCCUGAAAUUUCAAUGAAGAUUGGUGGUGAUUCUCUACAGACAUCCUCCUGGUCCCAAAUGAUACAGCUAAAUUUCAUCAAGCACUUUCUUGGAGGAGGAUUCAUUAAACAUAUGCAGGACAAUGAAUUCUUACAUGAUGUCUUUGGUUUCACACCCAAGAAAGAGCUUAACAACGGUGAGCACAGAAUGUCUGGUGGUGAAAAGAGGAUGUUCAAGUCACCAAAUUCUGUUUUGAACAAGGCUAGGACCCAAUUACUUAACAAGCAGCGGGUAUUAUCGGAGGGAAGGAACUUCGGGCAUUAUUCAGUCAGUAUGGGAGAUGAUGAGACAUGA